AGAGAGAGAGAUUUGAACUGUGCACGUUUGAGUGUGCAGUGCAGACUGGGAAUAACCCUAGGAAUAAGGGGUUGAGAGAGGAAUAGUUUCCCAGAAACAUUCCAUUUCGCACCAAUAUGUCUAAAAGCACAACAGCUUGACCGCACCACUCACACGCACAAGAAGAUCAAACACCAACACCACCAACACCACCAAAGUUCCAAGCAUCCAUCAAAAGAAGUUUGAAGUUAGAAGAGAAAAUCAUCAUCAAUGGAAGGAGAGCGUUCAGCAGGAAUAUUACCCAAUUAUGAUCUCCAGGUUUCAUUCUCAGCAGCUGCUCCCCAUGCCAUCCAAGAACUGGGUUUCGUCCAGUUCGAAGACCACUCACAGGUCAUGAGCUUCUUGGCCCCUAAUUCUCAGCCUCUCAACGGCGCCGCCGCCGCCACCUCCAACCACCACCACCACCAUGACAACAAUAAUACAUCCGUCGUAGGAUUUGACCACGGUGGACUUGGGAGCAGACCCUCUUGGAACAACGACCAGGUGGGGCAAUCGGAUCCCAAGGCCGUUAAUCACGAGAAUUGCACUGUUAAUGCCACCGAUAGUAACAAUUCAUGGUGGAGGAGCUCAUCCUCAGAGAAGAGCAAGGUAAAAGUAAGGAGAAAGCUUAGGGAGCCAAGGUUUUGUUUCCAAACAAGAAGUGAUGUGGAUGUGCUUGACGAUGGUUACAAAUGGAGGAAAUAUGGCCAGAAAGUUGUCAAAAAUAGCCUUCAUCCAAGUUGCAGGAGCUAUUACCGUUGCACGCAUAGUAAUUGUAGAGUGAAGAAGCGAGUGGAACGCUUAUCAGAAGAUUGUCGAAUGGUGAUAACCACAUAUGAAGGUAGACAUAAUCACUCUCCAUGCGAUGAUUCAACUUCAUCCGAGCACGAAUGCUUUACCUCAUUCUAAUAUGGCUCAUUAAUUAAUAUGACUAGAACAUUAAUGUUGUAGUAAUUAUAAUAUAUAUAGAAGUGUGCAUCAUCAAUCUUUAUUUGAGCAGAUUGGGUGUAUCCAACAUGAAAUCUAUUGUAAAGUUUGAUUUUCUUGAAGAUGAUUUCUAUUAAUAUAGAAGAUUGUGUUGGAUAUACAUCUUCUAUAGAUGU